UUUUUGGUGUUUUUGUGUUUGUAUUUACACUACACUCGCGUGUAGACGUAUCAACAGAUCUACCUAAAGAUACAUUUUAUUUGCCUAUAUUGCGCUGGGAAGUGUUGCUUUGCAUUGCAAGAACUCGCUAGCACAUCAUUUGAAAAUGUCAGACUCUGAGGAUUCAGACAGUUUUCUGAGUGCUGAUGAGGGGGAAGCCAAGGCUGAUGCUGGAAAUGAAUCAAGUGACAUCACCCUCUCAAGUGACUCUGAGCCUGAGGAGGGAGACAAAGCUGCUGCUGGAGACCAUGAGUCCAGUGACAUAACACUAUCCAGUGAUGAAGAUGAUGAUGAUGAUAAAGGGCCUCACUUAAAGAGUGCAGGUAAAGAAGAGACUAUGGCUAAGGAGGUUAGCACCAGUGUCAAAGAAGCUGAAGUUAAGAGCAAGCCUGACAAGCCCUCUGAAGCUGAUGUUAGUAAACAUGAUGACAACAAGAAGGCUGCAUCAAAGUCAGAACACAGUUCUGAUGCCUCAUUUUCAUUGUCUGCUGUAACCUCUGCUCUUCCCUCCCAUCCAGACAGUGGUAAGAGUGCUGCUGUAAAAUGUGAUGCAGCUGCCUCUGAACCACUGGACACAACUGUUCCAGUGCCCACAACUAAAACUUCCAAAGCUGCAACAGCUGAGACACUAACAAGCAGUACUGAGACAGAUUCAGCUGUCAAAGAGCAACUGUCAGACAAAGAGGCAACUCCUGUCAGUAAGGCACCAGUUGCAUCUGCACCUAAGUCCAAUGAUGUGCAAGAGCAGCAUGCCACUACUGCUGUAACUCAGAGUGAUGCCUCUGUCCCAGAUGUUUCUGAUGGCUGGGGAGACUUUGAUGAUGAUAUCAUUCUGCCUGAUGAUCCAGGUGCCAGUGAAGAAACCAACAAAACAAUAACACCUAAGGGUACAGACACUGCAACAGUACAGUCUGUACCAGAGGAAACCACUCCCAAGGGAACACCUGAUAUGGCAGCUGAGUCCCAGUCAGUCACUGCUACACCAGAGAAUCAGUCAGCAUCCCAGCAGGAGUCCUCGCCGCCCCCGUCGGAGCCGGCGGCGCCCUCGGAGCCGGUACCGGAGUCUGCGGCGCCCCCGUCGGAGCGGCGCCGCCCCGAGCGUCGGGAGCGCCGCGGACCGCUUAAACUGGGUGCCAAGAAGCUCGGUGCCAAGGUGGCCGCGCCGCAGCCGGAGCCGACUAACGAUGACGCUCCGGCUCCAGCCAAGGAGAGUGGUGACCCGAGGUCGACGACGGGAGUCAGAUGUGCUGAGACCUCACCGUCGGCACCGGCCGCAGCCGCCUCCACUCAACAGGAGGAACAGGACGGCUGGGGCGGCUGGGAGGCCUGGGGCACGUCGCUGCUCUCCUCAGCUGCCGGCGUCACCAAGACGGUGCUGGAGACGGUGGAGACCGGCUUCGGAGCGCCCGAGCCCGAGGACCUGGCGCGCAUUACCCGAGAGGGACGGCAGAAGCGGCAGCAGCAGCAGGAGGAGGAGCAACAACAUCGGGAACAGCAGGCGGCGCAGGCCGCUGAGACGCCGGCGCCGGACGGCGGUCUGGCCGACUCCGGUUUGGGCCUGGGCUCGUGGUUCGGCGGCGUGUCGCGUGUCCUCGGCCAGACCUCCUCCCUGGUGGUCAACACGGGCCUGGACACGCUGGAGGCCAUCGGCAAGAAGACGAUGCACGUGCUGCAGGACGACCAGCUGGGCAUUCACGACACCAUCACCCAGCUGAGCGGCCAAAAACCCUCACUGGCGCAGGCGCUGCGGGAGGCCCGCGAGCGGCGAGGGGACGCCGUGCCGUCCUCCUCCGCCGCCGGGGACCGGGCUGCCGCCGCCCAGCCGGUCACCUUCACACACAUGUUCGACCAGUGCGACGGAACCGUCCAUCUGGAGGCGCUGGAGAUGCUCUCCACCCGCUGCCGGUCCCGGGUCAACGCGGCCAAAGCCAGGGUGGACGAGGGCGUCGGUGUCAUCCUGGACACCAUAGAGGACCUGUGCAACUCGGACGAGCUGGAGGAGGUUGAGGUCGGCGACUUUGACAGCGAGCUCUCCUCACUGGUCGCCCGGCUCGGCGUGUCCGUCAAACCCACACGGCUCAUCAUUGCUCAGUCGUCUGCCUGCCAGUGGCUCUCGUCCGGUCCCUCUGAUCCGGCGGCGCCGCGCGAGGUGCUGACCCGCGCCGUCCGCGCUGCCGCCGAGGUGGGCGCCGGGCUGGCCGAGUUCCUGCACAAGCUGGCAGAGCUGCGGCUGGUGGAGCCCGGAGGGGACCAGGCGGCGGCCGGCAGACACCUGGCCGCCCUGGCAGCCCUGGUGGCUGCCCAGACCGGGGCGCUGGCCGCACGGUUCGCCGAGACCCUCAGCGGACAGCCCGACGAGCGGGCCGCGGCGGCCACCACCGAUAUUUACUUGGAGGUGAGCUACCUGCAGAAGUUUUGCGGCGACUCGCUGAGCCUGAUGGCACCUGUGCUGCAGAUGGCGGCACUGAACGAGAGGUCAUGAGACAGGGAGCAUCACGGCCCGCUUCUCCGUGAGUGUAUACUGGCUCCUCGCCAGUUGACGUCUGCUGAACCAUGUCAACGCCUUGUGGCUGUAACGUUUUGCCGGGUGCUGCGUGAUGAAAGUGGACGAUGAAUCUUGUGAAUUGAAUAUCGGCCGAAUGCUUUACACUAAUCCAACGAUUUGAUAGAGUUGGUGCUUGCGUGCAAUGAAUUAAGACACGGCAUUGAAUAGUUCCCAGUUGCCAUUGGCCUGAGAGUAUGACUGGGAAAAUGUGUUUAUCUACACUAUAGCUAUAACUAUAACUAUUUCAGUGUCGGUGAAUUAUGAUGUGAGGUAGAACAUGAUUGGGUCACAUGCGGUGCACAGGCAAUGCUGGAAGUGUCUCUAUUUUGGGAAUGGGUGCCACUGGUUGUGCUUAGGGUUUGCUUUUUGAAAGUAUUUUUCAAAUAAAGAUGCCUAAGAAGUAA